AUGGAUGCCGAUGUCGAUGCGAUCGAUAUCGAUGAUGAUGAUGACGACGAUGCUGGUAUAUUCAGCAUCGCCAAUGAAUGCCAAAGUGACGACGAUGACACCCUAACUGGUGAAGACAGCUUUCGUCCAGCAGUGCACACGAAGCGCACUCCUGUUGACAAGGAUGAAUCAGCAGAGGAGUUUCUGCUGACUCGCGAAGCGGUUGUCCGCUUUAAUCACAACUCUAUUGCAGAUGCACUAGACAGGCAGAAAAGAGACGCAGACAAACUUAGGACAGCAAACAUUCUUUCAUUUGAUGAAGGAGACCUAGUUUUACCGUCUACAGUAAACCUACCGAAACACGCAGUGACAAACUUGGGCAGCAGUAAAUUGCUGCCCAAGUAA